CCCCGUGAAGAGAGAGAGAGAAUCGCAAAACUUUGUUUUUAGUUCCUCCCCGUCAGCAGCAACGGGCAAGUCAGCCGGUGGGUCGAGUGGUGUGCGGCACGUUAUUCGGCAUACGUCACUCGCAGUGGGCAAGCCUUCCCCCACCCCACGUGCGACGAUUCCUGAACAUUCCUAACGCUGCAGAGAGAGAGAGAGAAAAAAAGUUUAAACUAUCUUUGUCUUUUACCCCCCCCCACCUCCUCCCUCCGUCUGCUUUAGUUUUCGUUUUUUUUAAAAUCUCGUUGGGACGUUAGAGGAUUUCAGUGCAGACAUGAGAGGUCACGUCAAGGGUGCGAUGGGCCCUCUCCUGUGCCUGGCCGUGCUGUCGCUCUGCAAGUCGGUGGUCGACGCCUGCUCCUGCAUGAUGGGCCACCCGCAGGAGCUGUUCUGUGGCUCCGAAGUCGUCAUUCGGGCUAAAGUGGUCGGUGAGAAGAUACUGGGAGGAGAUGGAAACGAAGGUGGACAUGAUCCCUUCUCCACGAUCCAGUACGAAGUGAAGCAAGUGAAGAUGUUCCGCGGGUUCGACAAGAUGUCCGAGGUCAAGUACGUCUACACGCCGCUGCACGACAGCCUGUGCGGUGUGCGGCUGCAGGUCAACAACGUCCAGUAUGUGCUGGGAGGCUCCAUCAGGGACGGGAAGCUGCACAUCGGGCUCUGCGGCCUCAUCAUGACGUGGGAUGCCCUCACGCUGUCGCAGAAGAAGAGCCUCAACCACAGAUACCAGAUGGGAUGCGACUGCAGGAUCAAGAACUGCAACAGCCUGCCGUGCGCUGUGACGGACGAGAGCGAGUGCCUGUGGACCGACUGGCUCAUCGAGCGCAAGAUGACGGGCCACCAGGCCAAACACUACUCGUGCAUCAAGCGCAAGGAUGGCUCGUGCACCUGGUACCGUGGGGGGCCACCUCCCGAAAAGGACUUCCACAACGCCGUGGAACCCUGAUCUGGCUCGCCACGUUCGUUCGUUACGUUCAAUGUUUGUUUGGUUUCGUCUUAAAAAAUGAAAAGGCGCAUCUAUUUUGUAUUUUAUUUUUUUAGCCCCUUCUUAACAGCCAGACCUUUUAAUUUGACAUGUAUUGAUUCUCUAAUGAGUUUGUAUAGAACAUUGCUGUUCUCUUUUUGCAUCGAACAGGGCCGCAUAGUGUUAGACGGGAGCGCUCUUGCCAAUUACAUCUGGUAACCUAUCAGCAUUUGUUUAACGAUCCUAGCUCUGCUAAUGAGACCCAGAAGGUCGAAACUGGUCCAAGGUUUGCUUGCUUACACGAAUGCUGCCGGAUAAUGUCGAGCUAGGAAAGCUGAACGGCCGAUGGACUAAAAUAUAUAUUUUUUACAUGUGAAGACACAAAGGAGAGGUCUGUUGAAACGUGCUUGUAUCUGUCUGUCGCUGUUGUCCCUUGCUGUCGCUCACUGUCCAUUGCAAAUGCCCCCCCCCCCCCCCCACUGUCUCCCCACCAACAUGUGUGGGUUCAUUAAACGAGUGGGGAAAUGACACAGAAAGUGGUGUCGAGUGAUUUGAGAGGGCACUUCCGUUUGGCUCGGUUAAAACCCCAAGGUCGCCGUGACCAUUAGUUGCAUCGGGGGGGCUCCUGAAGAGUAAUAAUAGUCUUAUCUAUGAAGUGUUUUUUUGUUGUAAAUAAUUUAUUUUAGAUAUAUUCUCGUAGGCCCCACUAUCAAUAUAUAACUGAAAUAUUAUUUUGUUGUAGCACGGAUGGGAAAUAUAUAUAUUUUUGGAGCGUGUGCGUUUUUUCGUUGUUAUUUUUUCAUUUUUUUUUUACUUCGGACAAUCUCGUAGAUGUGCUCGGAAGUGCAGAAGGGGGAUGAACAAAACUCCAGGCCAUAUUGGCGGCGGUAAAAUUUCUGGGUUCGCUUUCAGCUCGGGCAAAUGAAAAAAAACAAACAUCCCGCUGUGUUAUAAGCACAUGGCCUGGGGCUGCCAAUCCCUUGUGGACACCGUCACCGUGCCCUGCUGCUCACAGAAUGAAAGGAGGCCUAAAACACCUCGUUCAGCCAAUUAAAGGACUCCGUUGUACAGUUUGUUUAGUUUGCUGUGUUCAGUGUCUCUUAACGUGAAAUGAUGCAAGAAAAUUUAAUAUUCUUAGGAGGAAGAAAAAAAAACUUACACAAUACUCGUAUGUUAUGUUUUCUUAUUGUUUCAUUUUGGACCAGCGAGCCUUGAUGUGCUCCUAUUAGGAUGCUUGAGAGAAUGUGGUCCUUUUUUUGGUGACGUGAAAUCUAAAAAACGGGACCUCAAGGGUGCACCCACACAUAUGUAAUGGCAUUUGUAUAACAUUAUAUGGCCGAAUAUAACUUUUAAAGAUCAGAAUGUUUCGUGGACAAUGUAUUCUUUUGCUGAGAUCCAUUCAUGCCAUAUUAUUCGUUUCUUUGGUUAUUUUUUAUUCAUGGUGGGGGGGGGGGGACUUCUUUUGGAGCUGGUAAAUUUGUCACUGCACUGCAUGGACAACCCAUUACUCUGCUUUUAUGGGAAUUAUAGCAUAUAUUCAGCUUAAAGUCUCAGCAGGAAUGGUCUUUUAUGUGGUUUGUAACUUUUUGUAAUGUUUAAUGCUGCUGGACUUCAUCGUUAAACACAUUUGACAAAUAUCGUUGUGGUUCUUUUUUAUUUUUUUUUAUAAUGCAGCGCAGUACUAGACCUUGCCUAUGACCAAAUCACCCAUCACCCAGACAUCAGACGCUAAGCACAAUUGAGCCUGGAUAGUGCUCGGAUGGGUGACCAUCACCACAAUCACCACCACCACCACCACCACGCACAAACGACAUGUGUAGUAGGGAUGUUGGGCAGGACAGAGCUGUCCAGCAAAAUCCAUUGUUGUCGUGCACUCCUCCCUAACCUUCACCAACCAGCACUGACCAGUGUGGUGCAGUAUGGUCAGAUAUCCCCUCGUGGCCCACAAGGUGUGCGAAGACCCUUGGCCAGCAGUGGCUGACAAAUGGGAUGUGCAUGCACCAGACACUCCACUUUCUCCUCGCUCGCUUCCAGCCAUACCAGCACGUCAUUUAUCGUAACGACGCAGGGAGUCGGGGGUCGGUUGCAUAAAUAUACUUAAGCACAUGAUUCCCUUAGCUCCUAUUUAAAUCCGUGACAAGGGAGAAGAUCACUUAAGAUGUUCCAUGCAAUUGGCCAGAGGCCCUGAUCUAUCCAAGGUCCAGUAAUUCCAUUAAGUUAUCCAGAUGUCCAGCUUAGGUUGAUGACCCAAGAUCCUUUGAAAUAAGAAAGGUAUUUUUGUGUUUCUCGAUAAAGAUGAAAACAAGUUUGCAUAAAUAAAGUUAUGGUUAGAAAUGAUAGGCCUAAACGUGUUUUUAGAGCCCUAGUAUUGUCGCUGGCAAUAUACAAAUGAUGGUCAAACCCCAUGUGACCUCAAGUCAGCCUAUCACAGAGCCAAGGGGUUAAAGUACCAAAGUGUACCAUUUUUGUAUACAUUAUACAAUAUCAACUUGUAAAACAAAAUGAAACAUUCACAGUUAAUGCUUCGUUAUUAUUCCAAUAUCUUUAAAAGUAUUUAAUGGAGUCAAAUACCAGUAUGCCCGAGUCAUGAGGGGGAAUGCUCACAUUCAUCCCUGACAAUACUUCCUGAAGCAUGAACACAGAAUGUACAACCGUGUAACUGUAACUUGUUCUACAAAUGUUCAUCGUUUAUAAUAAACCAAUGCUCUUAUUAAGCAUAUGUUACUUCAUCAAAAAAUAUAUUAACACUAUUUUAAUUAUUUCCUUGCUCCGAGAGUAUAACAACAGUGUACGCUUUGCAUUCUCUUAACUUUUGAUAAUUCUGCCAUUAUUGAGUUGUUUUUUUUUCCGGGUGGCUUGGGGUGUCAGGGCACGUGCUGAGAUGCUGGGUUUGAAUCCGGAUUUCUGCCACCCUUGAUGAAAACAAAUUCUCAAGUGGUGGUUGAAUUUAUGGUCUCCGCCUGGCCACCAGUGACUGCACGUGAAAGUCAUCAAAUCAAAUUAGUUUUUUUUUCCUCUCACUUAAUUCGGCUAAGUUUAAGCUCUGAGAAUGUUAUAAAUGUCGGUUUGACUGCCACGCGACGAAAAUGUAUUUGUAGCGGGUUACGUGCGGCAAAGCACAAUACCGCCAAAUGUAUGGAUACAUUAAAGGUCGCUUGAACGGAUCUCA